GGGAGCGGGCGGAGGAGGAAGUGUCAUGGCGUCGGGCCGUGGAGCUUCUUCUCGCUGGUUCUUCACUCGCGAGCAGCUGGAGAACACGCCGAGCCGCCGCUGCGGGAUGGAGGCCGACAAGGAGCUGUCGUACCGCCAGCAGGCGGCCAACCUCAUCCAGGAGAUGGGACAGCGUCUCAAUGUCUCUCAGCUUACAAUAAACACUGCGAUUGUUUAUAUGCACAGGUUUUAUAUGCACCAUUCUUUCACCAAAUUCAACAAAAAUAUAAUCUCACCGACUGCAUUAUUUUUGGCUGCAAAAGUGGAAGAGCAGGCUCGGAAACUUGAGCAUGUGAUCAAAGUAGCACAUGCUUGUCUUCACCCCUUGGAGCCCCUGCUGGAUACAAAGUGUGAUGCUUACCUUCAACAGACUCAAGAACUGGUUUUACUGGAAACCAUAAUGCUCCAAACACUAGGUUUUGAGAUCACCAUUGAACAUCCACACACAGAUGUGGUGAAAUGUACCCAGUUAGUAAGAGCAAGCAAGGAUUUGGCACAGACAUCCUAUUUCAUGGCUACCAACAGUCUGCAUCUCACCACCUUCUGUCUUCAGUACAAGCCAACAGUAAUAGCGUGUGUAUGUAUUCAUUUGGCUUGCAAAUGGUCCAACUGGGAGAUCCCUGUGUCAACUGAUGGAAAGCAUUGGUGGGAAUAUGUGGAUCCUACAGUUACUCUAGAAUUACUAGAUGAGCUAACACAUGAAUUUCUACAAAUAUUGGAGAAAACGCCUAGUAGGUUGAAGAGGAUUCGAAACUGGAGGGCUAAUCAGGCAGCGGCUAGGAAGCCGAAGGUAGAUGGGCAAGCAUCCGAGACACCGCUUCUGGGUUCGUCCUUGGUCCAGAACUCCAUGUUGGUAGACAGUGUCACUGGUGUGCCUGCAAACCCAAGUUUUCAGAAACCAUCCACGUCCGCAUUCCCUGCACCAGUACCUCUCAAUUCAGGAAACAUUUCUGUUCAGGACAGCCAUACAUCUGAUAAUCUGCCGAUGCUAGCCCCAGGAAUGCCCGGUACUUCAUACAGUUUGUCGUCGCACCAAGAAUGGCCUCAGCACCCUGAGGCAGCCAGGACGGAGCCGCCGUACCCACAGAAGCAGGAAGGCGCCCUGCCCGGGGCCCAGUACGUCAGCUUCCCGCCCGCGCCCGGGACCCUGCCUCUGCAUCACCGGCCCGACAAAGGCCCCGAGCACUCUGCGCACAAAGCAGCGGGCGGCAAGCACCACCCGGUCCCCGGAGCCCUUCCCCAGAAGACGUCGCUAGACAAGUACCGCGAAAAGCGUAAGCUGGAGGCGCUGGAGCUAGAUGGGCGCGAGCAGUACCUGGAGCCACCGCGGCUCGCGGCCCAGACACAGGCGUCCCCGCUCAAGGUGAAACUGCCCUCGUGCUCGGGCUCGGCCUGCGACAAGGCCGACAGGCACCCCGGGGAGAGGAGGGAGAAGAGCGGCUCGCUGAAGCUGCGGAUCCCCAUCCCCCCAGCCGACAAAGGCGCCUCCAAAGAGGAGCUCAAGAUGAAGAUCAAAGUCGCGUCCUCCGAGAGACACAGCUCUUCGGACGAGGGCAGUGGCAAGAGCCGGCACCCCAGCCCGCUCGUGGGCCGGGACCACCGGGACAAGCACCGCGAGCACCCGCACCCGGGCCGCGCGCACGCCACUUCCGUGGGCACGGGCCACAAGCAUCCCUACACGCAUGCGCACCCGCAUGCUCACGCCGCCGCCGCCGCUGCCCCGGCCAGGCACGUCGAUGGGGCCCCGGCCUCGGUGCUGCGGAGCCCCGUGGGCCUGAGCGGAGACGGCUCCUCUCGGAAGAAGCUGCAUGUCAGUGACGCCUCCCACAACCACCACUCCAAAAUGAGCAAAAGUUCCAAAAGCGCAGGUAGUUCAUCUAGUUCUUCCUCCUCUGUUAAGCAGUGUGUGCCCUCUCACGGCUCUGUUUUUAACCAUCCCUUACCCCCUCCCCCUGUCACAUACCAGGUGGGCUACGGACAUCUCAGCACCCUCGUGAAACUGGACAAGAAGCCAGUGGAGACCAGCGGUCCUGAUUCCAAUCACGAGUACAGGACACACAGCCAGCAUAUGGACUACAAAGACACUUUGGAUAUGCUGGACUCGCUGCUCAGUGCCCAGGGGAUGAAUAUGUAGUCAUCGGCUCCCUUUCCUUUAACCUAACACUGCGGGAGGACAGCGUCCUCCGGCCUGCCCCAGCCGAGGUGACUGCUUCCCUGUUGUAAGUGCUGCUCUCCUCUUCGCUGAAGGAAGAGAUGCUAGUAAACUCUUCUCUCCACAGAUGAUAGUGUGAGACUGAGCAUGGCGGGACGGAAGGCGCAGACUCCGCAUUUCUGCAGUGCAGCCGGGAACAUGAGGGGGAUGGCUGGCUGCUGCUAGAAAUAGAAGAUGCUGCGAGCAUUCGUUAUUUAAUUUAAACACUCUAGAAGUUUUUUUGUUGCUUGGCUUUUGAAUGAGUGUAACUUGUUUUCUUUUGUGUAUUUAUACUUGUAUGUAUGAUUUGCAUGUUUCAGUGAAUAAGGGAUAAAACAGUAUACUGACAACUGUUUACAAGAAAGUGGAGAAAAAAUGUACAUACAUUUUUGUAUGUUUAGAUAUUACCAUAAAUACUCAGGAUUGGAGCUGCUUGUAAGUAUAACAAUAUACAGAAUAACUUUAUUUUCUCUUGUCAGAGUCCAUCAUUAAUCUAAAACAAAGGUGGCACUUUUUCAAGUUAACCUUAAACUCUAGGCCUUACUGGAAAGCCACUGAAGGGGACUUCACUACGAGAAGAGUCUGGUGCUACGGUUGUCCUUGACACUGUGAAGCACCCAGUCUCUGCCUUCAGAGGCUCUGACCAGAGUGGCUGCUGAAACAGCCCCUGAUUUUCUGAAGGCUUGAAGAGGAAAAACAAUAAAGUUUACACACUCGUGAUGUGAGUGCAUUUCAAUGUCUGCUGGCUGGUUGUAGCGCUCAGCUGUUAACAAUUAUGGUGUGGAUUGCUGGGAUUGAAGUCACAGAACCUUCCACAGUGAAGAUCAGUACUUGUUUCCUUAAAGAACACUACACAUUACACAUGGUGACAGUAAGCAGGGAUCCCUCUUCUACCAUUCAUGGUGACACAUAACCCUACAUACUCUGACAUACGUACUUGUGUGUGUGUGAGAGAGAGACGCCAUAUUUCUUUUUUUCAGGUAAACACAGUCUUCCUUAUAAAAUGAAAUUAAACCUAUGCUCUCAAUUCUUUUAUAUUCUAACAAUAAAAAGAAAAGAUCACUGACUGUGCAUUGUACCUGUACUUAUAGCUUAUAAUUAUCAGGAAACUGAAAAAGGCAAGCCUCCAAGCAAACCACAUGGAGGUUGUGUAUUAGUUUGCACAUUUCAGUAGAUUCUUGUGGGGGUAAAGUUGCAGGGUCAUCUGAGUCCAGCUUGAACAAGAGACUAACCUCUCUGAAUUGUGGUUCAAACGUCAGUGGUCAGGCUCUCAUUUACCACCUAACCUAGAGUCAUUCUGUGGUGGGUCUUCAGGCUGUCGAGUACUUGUAAGAUGAUGAGUUGGAUUCAAUUUGUGUUGAAUGGAAAACCGUGUUCUAUGAACUGUGUUGUCAUGAAGCCACUAUCAGUGCACCGUUGUGAUUUUUACUCAAGUGUAUUGUGGUUGUAAAUACUAGAGUUGACUUGUGAUCUAAUUUUACUUAGCAGUUAUCUAAUUUUCCAGUAGCUUUAUGAUUUUUUUUUAAGAUAAUUGUUCAUUAUUUUGUCAUUGUUUUUUUUGAACUUGGGAUACUAGGAGCCUCUUUCUAGGGACUUUGCCUCACUAGCAUGUCCUCAGAGUUGUUUUUGUCUUGCAUUAAUAAUCUUUGUCAUUCUGUGUAAUUUUGUUGCUCUGUGUGGCAUAAUAUUGUAUCCAUAAAUGUGGUAACUUUGAUACAGUCACACCUUUAUGGUGGUACAUAUCCAAGGACUAGUAUAGAAUUAAACAGUGCAAGAUGAGGGAGGGAAGGGUUUGUUCUUGGGUAUUUAGAUGUGAAACCUCUACAGAACUAUCAUGUGAAAUGACAUGGGGCGGUUGUGCUACUGUAUAACUGGGAUGAUGCCAGGAAUUUUAAAAGGGUUUUGUAAAGAAUAUCCAGAAAGGUAGUGAGCUUAUUUUCAGUAUGACAUAGAAAACAAUGUGAAUAUUUAAGGUCUGUGACUAUAGCUAACUUCACUAAGGGUUUUCAGAAAUGUUUCGAGGUGUGGGGAUAAGGGUAAUUUUGUUGAAUCUUUAUUGGUGCUAAUGAUGGACAGUUAAAAAAGAUAGCUAGCAUAUAUUAUGGGUCAGUACUUAAUUAGUACUUUCAAUAUUGAAUUUGAAAUGCUAUGUAUUAUUCACUUUUCACUCUGUAAAUGUACUUCUUUACGAUGACUAUUUAUUAAAGGGCAGCCAGUUGUGAUUUUUACAGGACUGUGUGAACUGCUCAAACUACUUCACCUCUGCAUAGGAUCUUAGGCUUCUCCAGAACCACAGUGGGGAUAAAGGGAAGGCCUUUGAGUUUCCUUGCCAUCAAAGGAAACCCCUCAUAAUUCAUAUUACCAUGAGUUUGCAUAGAAUUCUUCAUGUGCAUGAUUCCACUAGGCUCUACCAAAGAAAAAGACUCAGAUGAACAGACAUGACUACUGUGAGUCUUACGUAGCCAUGAGUAACCAAAAUAGUAUCAAAUUCCACAUGUGCAAAGUACUGUUAAGGUAAUACAUUUCUGAUUUAAACAAUUGCAAUAUUAAAAAUUACUAUCUUUUAAAAACA